CCUGCAGGACGCAGGUGCGGCAGCCGCGACGCGCCUGCACCGGUGUCGAGAACAGGGCGCUGUGCAGGUGUGUCGCGGACGCGUCUGGCACACAAGGCACCGGGCGCGCGCUGGGACACUGGGUGUCCCCUAACGGCGAGGACAUCAGAAAAUGAGGCCGGGGUCCUGGGUCAGGCAGAUCUGAGGGUCUCGGCGACACCUAUCCAGGCAGCCGGCAGCGAGGAUAGCAGGACACCGAAAGCCGUGCGUGAGCAUCACGGGGAGGCGACGGAAGCAGGUAUCCACCGGUUCACGGUCCACGGUGACGGUGCCGUUUUUCUCGCUCUCUCUCUCCGAAUCCGACUUUGAAGGAGCUCUGUCAUUUUUUUUGUUUUUGUUUUUUGGUCGGGUUUUUCUUUUUUCUUUUCUCACGUCAUCUGGUCGCAGACAUGAGCGGAAGAGUGGGAGACCUCAGUCCUAAACAGGCUGAGACGCUAGAGCAGUUUCGAGAGAGGAUACAAGACAUUCUUCCUCAACUUCCUGCACAGCAUGACCACUUCCUGUUACGCUGGCUCAGAGCCAGAAACUUCAAUGUGCAGAAGUCUGAGGCCAUGCUGCGGAAGCAUUUGGAGUUCAGGAAACAGAUGAAAGUAGACACAAUAACCACAGAAUGGCGUCCACCAGAGGUGAUAGAGAAGUACCUGUCAGGAGGGAUGUGCGGUCACGACCGUGAGGGCAGCCCCGUCUGGUACGAUGUGAUCGGACCGGUAGAUCCCAAAGGCCUCUUCCUGUCUGCCUCCAAACAGGACUUCAUUAAGUCCAAAGUCAGAGACUGUGAGAUGCUGCAGAAGGAAUGUAACCUCCAAACGCAGAGGCUGGGAAAGAAUGUGGAGUCAAUCACUAUGAUCUACGAUGUUGAGGGUCUGGGUCUGAAACACUUAUGGAAGCCUGCUAUAGAAACAUAUGGAGAGAUCCUCCAGAUGUUUGAAGACAACUACCCGGAGGGUCUGAAGAGACUAUUUGUUAUUAAAGCCCCCAAACUCUUUCCUGUGGCCUACAACCUCGUCAAGCACUUUCUGAGUGAGAACACAAGGCAGAAGAUCUUUGUUCUUGGGGCGAACUGGCAGGAGGUUUUGCUGAAGUACAUUGAUGCAGAGGAGCUGCCGGUGAUAUACGGGGGUAAACUGACGGAUCCUGAUGGAGAUCCUCGCUGUCGGACCAAGAUAAAUCAUGUCGGCCCAGUUCCCUCCUCCUACUACGUGCGGGACCACGUUAACGUGGACUACGACCAGUGUAUGACCGUCAGCCGCGGAUCCUCCCAACAGCUGGACUAUGAGAUCUUGUUCCCGGGCUGCGUCCUCAGGUGGCAGUUUGCCAGUGAGGGGGCAGACAUUGGCUUUGGGGUUUUCCUGAAGGCCAAAAAGGGUGAAUGGAAGAAGGCAGCUCAGAUGCAAGAGGUUGUGCCCAGCCAGCGCUACAACGCCCACUUAGUGCCCGAGGACGGAUCCCUGACCUGCGAACGCCCCGGAGUCUAUGUGCUAAGAUUUGACAACACCUACAGCAUCUUCCAGGCGAAAAGAAUCAGUUUUGCUGUUGAGGUCCUGCUCCCCGACCACCUACAGUCCCCACAGACCAACGGGGGGUCCGGCAACCACGGGCAAGCUGAGGGCAAUAGUCAGUCAUAACCGAGAAGAUGACGCAAUGGGCCACUUCCACGUUGUCAGAUCAGUAUUGUUUGGCUGCGUGUAAGCACAGCCCAAGUUACUUGAUUUGAACGGGAACUGCAACAUGCUGCCAAUAUAUGUAAAUUAGUAAUAUUAUAUCUGAAUGUUUCCUGACCCUUUAAUCAUCUUUGAUGAUCUUAUUUACGAGGCGUCCAUUUAGAAUCAUCACUUUACAGAUUCUCCGCUGAAAAAAAACGCAUUGAUCUCCAGAAUGCGGAGGAACAUACGUAGCCUCACAUUUCAUUUUACUCACUUGUGGCCGGAGACAUGAGACAUGAGACAUGAGACAUGAGACAUGAGACAUGAGAGCCAUUGGACACAUUUAGUUGGCUGCUGGCUGGAAAGCAUCUUCCUUCAAAGCGAAGGGAUAGCGAGCGAGUCAGCUGACGGUACAUGAUCAAACUAAAUGUCGUCAAGGUUUCGUUUGGAAGUUAACUGACUUCCGUAUGUGUAUAUGUGUAUAUAUGCA